CUGGAGGUGCCGGAGCACCCUGGUGCUGAUGCAGGAUGGCUGAGCGCGCCGGAGCCCGGGAGGUCUGAGCCGGGCGGGGAUCUCUCCCUGCGCAUCGCCUAGUCCUCCCGCGGCCAGCCCGGCUGUCCAGCGCAGACUAGCGAUGACCUGCUGAGAAGCUGCGGGAGGCUGCGGGAGGCGGCCUAGCUGCGGGCAACGGUUGGUUCGCGGCCUCAUCGGUGGCGCUGCCCAGCCCGGCCCCCCACCCAUCCCCGCGUCCCCUCCUGCAACGUCCCGAGAUGGCGGAUCCAGCCGAAUGCAGCAUCAAAGUGAUGUGCCGGUUCCGGCCCCUCAACGAAGCGGAGAUCCUCCGCGGGGACAAAUUCAUCCCCAAAUUCAAAGGCGACGAGACGGUGGUGAUCGGGCAAGGGAAGCCAUAUGUGUUUGACAGAGUGCUGCCGCCCAACACAACCCAAGAGCAGGUCUACAAUGCCUGUGCCAAACAGAUUGUCAAAGAUGUCCUGGAGGGUUACAAUGGGACAAUUUUUGCAUAUGGGCAGACUUCAUCAGGAAAAACCCAUACCAUGGAGGGAAAGUUGCAUGAUCCUCAACUGAUGGGUAUCAUUCCGAGGAUCGCACAUGAUAUUUUUGAUCAUAUCUAUUCUAUGGAUGAGAAUCUGGAGUUUCACAUCAAGGUUUCCUAUUUUGAGAUCUACUUGGACAAAAUCAGGGACUUGCUUGACGUGUCCAAGACCAACUUGGCUGUCCAUGAAGAUAAAAACAGAGUCCCCUAUGUAAAGGGGUGCACGGAGAGGUUUGUGUCAAGCCCCGAGGAGGUCAUGGAUGUGAUAGAUGAGGGCAAAGCAAACCGACAUGUGGCCGUGACGAACAUGAAUGAACACAGCUCGAGGAGUCACAGCAUCUUCCUGAUUAACAUUAAACAAGAGAACGUGGAGACGGAGAAAAAACUCAGUGGGAAGCUGUAUUUGGUUGAUUUGGCUGGGAGUGAAAAGGUCAGCAAAACUGGUGCCGAGGGAGCUGUUCUCGAUGAAGCUAAAAAUAUCAACAAGUCUUUGUCUGCUCUUGGAAAUGUGAUCUCCGCCUUGGCAGAAGGGACAAAAACACACGUGCCAUACCGGGACAGCAAGAUGACUCGGAUUCUCCAGGACUCUCUGGGUGGGAACUGCAGAACCACAAUUGUCAUUUGCUGCUCUCCUUCAGUCUUCAAUGAAGCCGAGACCAAGUCUACGCUGAUGUUUGGACAGAGAGCAAAGACCAUCAAGAAUACUGUGUCUGUGAACUUGGAGCUCACAGCAGAAGAGUGGAAGAAGAAAUAUGAGAAGGAGAAAGAGAAGAACAAGGCCCUGAAGAGUGUCAUCCAGCACCUGGAGACGGAGCUGAACAGGUGGAGGAAUGGGGAAGCUGUGCCUGAAGACGAACAAAUCAGUGCCAAGGACCAAAAGAACCUGGAGCCCUGCGACAACACACCCAUCCUAGACAACAUCACGCCCGUCGUUGUCGGCAUCUCCGCCGAGAAGGAGAAGUAUGACGAGGAGCUCUCCAGUCUGUACCGGCAGCUUGACGAUAAGGAUGAUGAAAUUAACCAGCAGAGCCAGCUGGCUGAGAAGCUGAAGCAGCAGAUGUUGGAUCAGGACGAGCUGCUGGCCUCCACAAGAAGGGACUACGAGAAGAUACAGGAGGAGUUGACACGCCUCCAGAUUGAAAACGAGGCAGCCAAAGACGAAGUGAAAGAAGUCCUCCAGGCCCUAGAGGAGCUGGCUGUCAAUUAUGACCAGAAGUCACAGGAAGUGGAGGACAAGACCAGAGCCAAUGAGCAGCUGACGGAUGAGCUGGCCCAGAAAACGACGACACUGACAACCACCCAGAGAGAGCUGAGUCAAUUGCAGGAGCUCAGCAACCACCAGAGGAAGAGGGCGACGGAGAUCCUGAACCUGCUGCUGAAGGAUCUGGGGGAGAUAGGCGGGAUUAUCGGCACCAACGACGUGAAGACGCUGGCAGACGUGAAUGGAGUCAUCGAAGAGGAGUUCACCAUGGCGCGCCUGUACAUCAGCAAGAUGAAGUCGGAGGUCAAGUCCCUUGUGAACCGCAGCAAGCAGCUGGAGAGCGCUCAGAUGGACUCCAACAGGAAGAUGAACGCCAGCGAACGGGAGCUGGCGGCUUGCCAGUUGCUGAUCUCCCAGCAUGAAGCCAAGAUCAAAUCUCUGACGGACUACAUGCAGAACAUGGAACAGAAGAGGCGGCAGCUGGAAGAGUCCCAGGACUCACUCAGCGAAGAGCUGGCCAAGCUCCGAGCCCAAGAAAAAAUGCAUGAAGUCAGUUUCCAAGAUAAGGAGAAGGAGCACCUGACAAGGCUACAGGAUGCUGAGGAGAUGAAGAAGGCUCUGGAGCAGCAGAUGGAGACUCACCGGGAAGCGCACCAGAAGCAGCUGUCCAGACUUCGUGACGAAAUUGAGGAGAAGCAGAAAAUCAUUGAUGAGAUUCGGGAUUUGAAUCAGAAACUUCAGCUGGAGCAGGAGAGGCUGAGCGCUGACUAUAACAAGCUGAAAAUAGAGGACCAGGAGAGAGAAGUGAAACUGGAGAAACUCCUGUUGCUCAACGAUAAAAGGGACCAGGCCAGGGAGGACCUCAAAGGGCUGGAAGAGACCGUGUCUAGAGAACUGCAGACCCUUCACAACCUGCGCAAACUUUUCGUCCAGGACUUGACCACCCGCGUGAAAAAGAGCGUGGAGCUGGACAGUGAUGACGGAGCGGGCAGCGCCGCCCAGAAGCAGAAGAUCUCCUUCCUGGAGAAUAACUUGGAACAGCUCACCAAGGUGCACAAGCAGCUGGUUCGGGACAACGCAGAUCUGCGCUGUGAGCUCCCCAAGCUGGAGAAGAGGCUGCGUGCCACUGCCGAGCGCGUCAAAGCCUUGGAGAGCGCUCUGAAAGAGGCCAAGGAGAACGCCAUGAGGGACCGGAAGCGUUACCAGCAGGAGGUGGAUCGCAUCAAGGAGGCUGUGCGAGCCAAGAACAUGGCCAGGAGGGCACACUCAGCGCAGAUCGCCAAGCCCAUCCGGCCAGGACAUUACCCGGCAUCAUCGCCAACAGCCGUCCAUGCUGUCCGAGGAGGAGGAGGUGGCUCUUCAAACCCCACCCACUACCAGAAGUAAAUGCAGAAUACGACUCCACGUAGCAUGAAAAGGACUAUAUUAGUCACCCGUUCCUUUCUUUCCCUCUCCUAUAUAAGUUUCCAUUUCUUUUUACACUUGCUUGCCCAGCCGUCUGUAGUACAGCAGAUUCAGGUGUCUGAGCUGUGUAGAAUUGGUGUGUACAGAUGCGUGCUUGGAUCUGUCUCCUAAGAACUGGAAGGAGGUGGUUACAAAAUACCCACUCUCUGCUCCAAAUCAUUCCCACUCCUCGGCCUGCAGGGUUGCGUGGUCUAGGGAGGUCCCUGCAGCGCACUGACCCCUUGGAAUGGAAGGAACGCCCUGUUGUGCCAUCCUUGAGGGGACAACCAAGUGCUGCGACCGUGCUCCGCCUCGACUGUCUGGUUUCCUGUAAAAUAAACACAUCACUUUAUAUUUUUAGGGAACAAAAAAGUGCUGCUAUAGGGUUCAAAAUUUUCAUUCUGAACACUUUUCCAAAACCAACCCCAGAGAGCGUUUUAAAUACCCUGGUCAUAUCUUUGGAUCUGUAAAAAUAUACCUUUUAGUAUGGGCAUCUGCUAAAAUGCAAAGCAGAUUUCUUCAAGGCAGAAAAAACAGUUUGACAGGAGCAGUGAAGAAUUUGCUCAUUCGGACACAUCUCUGAAAAUGUGAAGAGACACACAAUUCACCUCCGAGCUGCUUGCUGGCGAACCUGCAGUGACUAGUCUCUGCCAGACCAGUUGUUCGAACAUCAUGCCUGUAGAAGUGUUGGAAACGCUGCAGAAUUGGAUGAGUGGAGAUGGGGAUGCUCCCCCCUUCUCACCGCUUCCUCCUGAUCCCCUGGAACCUGCCCUGGGAUGGCCUGUGCUCUAACGAAUCAUCAUGAGCUUAAGAAGAUGUCCCUAAAGAAAGCCAGCAUCAUUCCAGUAGCGGGGAAAGUCACGGAUGAGAGGUGUGCCUGUCUGUGAAUUCGUUUUCAUUGUAACCCAUCAUUGCAAACUGCUCAUUUGAAUUGCUCUGGCACCAAAUAGGCUUUUUCUUCUCUGCACAGUUAGGGGAUGAAAAAAGCAAUAUAACUGGAUUCUUUUUUUAACAUUGAGUUAUAACUUUAUUGAGAUCCGUGAAUCUAAAAGUGAUUUCCUUACUUCCAGCUGGGCUUACUAAAAGGAUCAGUUGCCAAGUGGUAGACUUGCAAGCGAAACGGACAGGUCUAAGUAAGUCAGGGCCAUGUGCUGCUAUUUGUUUUCAUAAGUUUGAGGGUUAGUUAGUAACAGCCCCGCCAAUCUCAGAGAAAUCAUCCAUCCUGGCAUCUUUAUGUGCCCCAAAAGUGUAAGCUCGCACUGUCUCCGCCAGCUGGCGCCACUGAGUCAAGCCUAUGCCAGGGAGGCAUUGGGCUGUCUCACGGCUGCGAGGGCGGGGAUACAGGGUGUAGUCAAUGUGUGUGCUCGUGCACAUGCACGUGUGAAAUAGAGUGCCACGUACAUUACCUCUCAGAUUCUUUUUGUAUAGCCUUUCCUUAACAAAGCAGCGUCGCUUUGACUCAUUUGUUAGAUGUCAUCCUUUAGACAUGCGUUUGUUUUUAACUAGCCUUGGAAAGAAGGCACCUUCUACUGAAGUAUUUAUUUCACAGAGAUGGUUUUUUUGUCUAACUGUGCUCCCUUGGUUUAAGUUUGUUGCCACCGUCUGCUCAGCAUAACUGCUUGGCUGUUGUUCAGAGUCUGUGGGUCCUUCGCAGGGCAAGUUUGCAAACCUCAUCAGGUCCUGACUGAUGCUGAUUAGAAGCUGGCUGUCUAUACUUGCCCCUGGCUUUGGAAGCUGAAAUGGUGGCCUGUUAAGAGGACUACCAAUCAAAUGCUUCUCGUCUGUAGGACCUGCUAUUGUCUUUUAGACAACUGUGCUACAUUGCGUUUGGAAAUUGGGCGUAGGUCAGUAAUACCCUGUUCUUGGCUUUCAUUAAUACCCAUUAUAAAAUGGAUUAUUUUAGAUUCUUUCUAAAGCAAUUUCCCCCUAGGUUCCCGUUUUCUACUUUUGGAGAAUUGUGGGGCACUUUCAAGCUUCAAAGGACAGCUCUCAUUUGUAGUUCCCGUUGCUUGAUCUCUACAAGGGUCUUACAAAAUUCGCUGUACUUUUAUUCACGGAGAAAGUUGGCUUUGAUGUCUUUUAGAGAUAAUUCUGCUAGUUGCUGAUCAGCCAGUCAGUUCAUCUAGCGCCAGUCUUUAUAAGACCUCUAAUCUAAUUUUCUCACACUGUGACUAAAAGCCAGGCACAUCAUUGGAACAGAUUAUAUAGUUUAUUCAAGUCCCUCAAUCUCACUUUGACUAUUAAUUCUUUUAUCAGGACAGUCUACUCUCAGGCUGCUUUUAAAAAAGGCCAUGUUUAUAAAAAUUUUCAUUGUUGAAUGACUAUUGCAUCCUAUAUUCCAAACGUAAAAAACCCACCUCUGAACAGCAAAUGGAUGGUUACAUUUUUGGUCAUAUGCUGUAUGUGGCUGGUGUGUAUGUCAACGUGUACUCUGAAUAACUUACUAUUUCAUGCCCACUUCUUGAACGUUUGUGCUGAGAUGCGGUUUAUACAGAUACCCUCCACCUGCAGGACCGUGGGGUGCUGACCGUGAGCGUCAUCAUGUUUGAGACUCAAAGCAGCAGCUGCGUUUCUUAGAGAAUCCUGCAAGUCCAUAUCACCUCUUCAAAGGUCGAGCAGUUUGCUCUGUUGGGCAGCAGGUAGUAUAACAGUAAGAGGCGGUAAAACUUUUAAAGCCUCUAGAAUCGCAUGGUGAAGAAAAUCAGGAUUUGUAUACGUGCUAGAAUAGAUGAAGGGAUAAGAAUGUUCAUCCUGAAUAGAUCCAGUGACUCCUCGAAGCCAUUGAGUUCAUGGGGAGAGGUGAUUUUUCGGUCUCAGCACGCUACCAAGACUUCACCAGAGCGGGAAGGUUUUUAUGUGCUUUCCUUUUCUAGAAAAGAACUCUAGGAGCAUAAUGCCUCAACAGUCCUUCCUUUGAAGGACGGGCGUCAUUGGGACUCUAGGUGGAAGGCAUUGGGGGAGCUUGUCAUUAGUGCAAGUUUGUUUCCGGGCAAGUUUCACUUCAUUGUCUCAUCCUGCCGAGCUUGAGCGAGCUAAAGAGUCACCACUGUUAAAAACUGCCAUAACUUAAUCUUGAGUUUUUAAAAGAAUGUUGAGUAAGGACCAGAUAACUGCCAAAGGGGGCACCAUUCUCUGAGGUCUGUUUAGUCACUGAAAACUGGUCAUCACUUCUAAACGUUUGCCAUGUGUGCAGCUUCAAGGGGAACAGGGCUCUGUAGAAUUCUGUGUCUAGUUUGUGAAGUGUCAUGUCUACUGAAGAGUCGUGUUCUCUGGGCUUGAUGUUCUGUACAGUAGAGUUCAUUAAGAAAAAUUGUGGAGAAACUUGUGUCUGUGGUUUGAUGGGGAGAGUGGCAAUGUGUAUUAAAUAGCUAUCCUGUGAGAUAGAAAUGUCCCCCAAAGAUCUGGAAGUAACCCCCUCCCCGGCCCUUGGAAAACUCUGGUUAUCUCCUAGGUUCUAAAUGAAGAUGUACGGAUACUCUGGCAGACUGCAUGUUGUAUAAUUUGAAAAUACUCAAAACUGGACAAUAAAACUGAGUUAAACUUUGA